GCCUGUCUAAGGAAGAACAAGACUCCGGAAGAACAAAUGGAAAUAAUUACUUCAAAAGCUCCUGGUUGGGAUAACAUAAAAUCCCAGAAACUAACAUCUGCUGUUUUAAACAUUUGACUGUAACCCCUGUUAGAGGAAGUUUCUAUCUAACAUGACGUCCUGUGGUUUACAAGGGCAUCUCAUCUUACUCAAUUUUUUGACCUGUGGCCUUGAAAUAUGUGUAGCAGCCGGGAUAACGUACGUACCCCCUCUACUAUUGGAAGCUGGGGUGGAAGAGCAGUACAUGACUAUGGUUUUGGGUAAGAUUUAUUUUCCUUUUGAAUUAUUUAUUUAAAAUAAUCCCUUUUUUUUCAGAUGACAUGCCAUGGCUAUUUUAAUGUAAAGGUAUAUGCUGUACGUUUGCUUAAGAGGUUCAGUGAUAUUAAAUGUCUAUUUAUAAUUGCUAAUAUUUGAAUUAAGAGCAUUUUCUGUGUAAGGUAAGGAACCUGCAGCAACGGCACCAUGUGCCAGUCCAAAUUGUAUGGACCUCUAAUUCCUGGUUUUAAGCCAUUCUUUUGUAAAUUUAUCAUAUUUUACCAGAGCUGGCAGGUGACCGUGCAUUGUGUUGAUUUGAACCAGUUUAAUUUAAGCAGAGGGCUGCAUCCCCUUGGAUGAUAUCUGCUGCACGUUGUGUAAGGUAUUUGACAAGUAGCAUUUUACCUUUUCUGCAGUGAAUGCUCUUGCUGGUUUAAAGAAAGACUAGAGCUUUAAUGGGAGUUACAUCUUUGCAUAAAAUAUUGAAAAUCACCUUUAAAUCGUUUUAAACAUUUCAUGAGAUGCUCUUAAACAUUUCAUUUAAACUUCUAUUAACCCGUUUAAGACCAAAGCCCUGUUUAAGUUUGUUUUCUCUACCUGAGAUUAAAGGUUAUCUCUCAUGCAGAAGGAGUAAGUACUUUUUGAGAAUCAGUUUGAUAUGCAAAUGGUUUUGGUUCUCUCUGUAAUGCCAAACAAUUAGUUAAAAGAAUUGAUCAUCAACACACUGAAGGACAAACUUGAGUUGUUGUCCGUUGUCAAUAUUUUCUUGUGCCCUGUUUUACUACAUUGACAACUCUGUUCACAUUGCUUGGUAAGCUACAGCAAGUCUGGAACACUAAGCUGUGUUUGAAAACGUAUUCAGGAUAGAUCUGGGUUCAGUCCGAUGUGCAAAUGGUUUAGGGUCUCUGUGUAAUAGCACAAGAUCAGCUAAAAUCAGCUUGAGAACUGAGCGUGAACCUAUGAAGGGAUUUAAGCUGUUGUCUGUUCUCAGGAUUCUCGCAUGCCCUGUUAGUUUGUUUGCUCCACCAACAGAACAUAAUAAAGUUUAUAAGCAAUAUAAAGUGUUUAUCUCUUAAUUGUAGUCCGUAGUGUUUUCUUUAUUACUUCAGUUUGCACAGAUGACUAACAGACCACGUUUUCAAGCUUGAACAUAGCUGAUCUAAUUAAUGGUUCCAGUAAACGAGUUACCUCUGAGCUCAAACAGAAAAAUUCCUGAAGCUUAAAUCACCUUUCUCUGCUUCAGAGUGCAUGGGAAUAAUUUGUUUUGAUUCUCUCCCUGUGCUCCUAGCACUGUUCUAGAACAGCAGUUUUUUAACUAACUGAUCCAAACGCAAAACUGGUUCCCCAUGGCAAUUUAAUAUGUCCGUACGGGUUAAAAAAAGGCAUAUAUCAUUUAUAGGGAUCCAGAUAACUGACCACUAUAAACCGUUUAUUCUAUCGGCCCUGCAUUUGCCAGGACAAUGAAGACUCCUCUGAAACUAUGGAGAGAUUAAUUAAGGUGUUUUACACAUAUAUAUAAUUUGGAUCCCUAUCAAAACAUGUAAAAGAACACUCCAAGCACCUUAAUCACUACAGCUCACUGUACUGGUCAUGGUGCCUGGAGUUACCGUGUAAGUAGUUAAACUGUUUAAGAAUGGUUUGACAGCUAUCUGGGGUAAGACAUAAACUCGUAUGAGCAUCCACUAGCUCCCCAGGGUUAAGCCAUGCUGUACGGGUCUGGAUCUUUCAAUGAAAGCAUAAGCUGAGCACUUUCAGCCAGUGAGCAUGGCCCUGCAUGCUGGGCUUGUUGGAGUUUCCAUUUAAAGAUGAGGUAUCAGUGGCCACCUAUUGAAUAACAAGUAAGUUGUCAAACCGUAGUGGUUAUGGUGCUUGGAAUGUUCCUUUAACCCUUUAAGGACACAUGACAUGUGUGACACGUCAUGAUUCCCUUUUAUUCCAGAAGUUUGGUCCUUACAUGGUUUAUAUCAUCUUGGGAAUGUAACAGACACAGAAGAUUUCUAACAAAAAUUAAUUUCUGAGAUAGACAUAAUUUGUGUGUGUGUGUGUGUGUAUAUAUAUAUAUAUAUUUAUUUCUUUAUUAUCCCUUUAAAGAAAGAUGAUUAUCUUCAACAUUAUUAAGCUUAAACACCUACCAAAAGCCUUUUAGAUGUGCCUUAUUGGAAACUUAUUUAUACAUACUCAAAAUAAAGAUAAUCUGAAGAAUAAUAUUGCUUCUAUAGCAAAAUGCAGAGUAGGUAUAUUAUAAACUAUGGGAAAAUGUCAUUGGAGUUAAACUAUAAGCAUGUGUAAAGUCUGCGUUUUAUCAGCAUCUUGCAACUUCAAAGUUACAGAACAGCAACUUGCAAUCAUUGAGAUGUGUCAGACAGCUAAACCUGAUGAAUUGUAAAGUUCUACUGACAGUUCAUAAUUAUAUAGGAGUAACAAGGUCGGAUAAGUUGAACUGAGAGGGUAUGUUGAAGACAUACAGUCCAUUCAGACUUCAAAAUGUGGACAUAGUUCAUGUAGAUUUCGGUUCAGAAUGCAGCCAGACCGAAUGCCACCAGAACCGAAUGCUUCAUAUCUGAGACCUAAUUUUUUUUUUUUUUUUUUUUUAAUCUUAUUUUUCCACUGGCAGCACUAGCAGCCAGUGGGCAAAUAGUUUAAUAACCCUCAGGACUUCAAGGAUUAAUUAUGUGCAGCUGCCGAGCACUUGUUAGCCAGCCACCACAUGGUGGGGCUAUUGAAUCUAUAGCAUUGGUAUAUAGUGAUCCCCACAAUAGUCCCCAAUCAUUAGUGACAGGUGUGGGCUCUAAAUCAUAUAAUAGGGGGGACCUAGUGUCCCCCACCCAUUAGCAGCAUGUGGAAGUACAAAAUAAUACAACAAUAGAAUGGCUUCCACUACUUUUUAAUGCAUAUGAUGCUUUCUCAUACAAAAAAUAUGCAUUAAAGGACCACUAUAGGCACCCAGACCACUUUAGCUUAAUGAACUGGUCUGGGUGCCUGGUCCAGCUUUUUUCAGAGAAAAUGUUUCAGAGAAACUGCUAUGUUUAUAAAUAGGUUAAUCCAGCCUCUAAAGCCUCUAGUGGCUGUCUCAUUGACAGCCGCUAGAGGCGUUUGCGUGCUUCUCACUGUGAAAAUCACAGUGAGAAGACGCCAGCGUCCAUAGGAAAGCAUUAUGAAUGCUUUCCUAUGAGACUGGCUGAAUGCGCGUGCAGCUCCUGCCACGCAAGCGCAUUCAGCCGAAGAGGAGGAGGAGAGCUCCCCGCCUGGCACUGGAGAAAGAGGUAAAUUUAACCCCUUCCUCUCCCCAGAGCCCGACGGGAGGGGGUCCCUGAGGGUGGGGGCACCCUCAGGGCACUAUAGUGCCAGGAAAACGAGUGUUUUCCUGGCACUAUAGUGGUCCUUUAAGUGAACAAUCUAAGCACAAUUCAUACUAUGUCAUUGUAAUGAUUUUAAAAAUAGAGUUGAAAUCUAUUGUUAAUAAAAUGUAAAAUUAUCUUUAAUAAAUGUUUUUUUGUUUUUUUUACUGGAUUAUCUUUGUUCUUUAAUUUUGAGACCAUCUACUGCUGUUAUUCUGACACUUAAGAAAAUGAAAAAUUACAGCAAUGUUAAUAAUAUUGUAAAUAUGUGAUCUCACGGAUCAUUUUUGUACUUUCUCCACAGGCAUAGGACCAGUACUGGGACUGAUAUUAGUACCAUUAAUUGGAUAUGCCAGUGACAACUGCCAAAGUACCUAUGGUCGAAGACGUCCGUUCAUCUGGAUUCUCUCUCUUGGGGUCCUUCUCUCCCUUUUCAUCAUUCCAUACUCCGAUACUUUGGCCUCCUACAUCAGUUGGGGUGGGAAAACUGUCCACAUUUAUUUCCUAAUUUGUGGGGUGGGAUUGUUAGACUGCUGCGCCCAAGUUUGUUUCACCCCACUUGAAGCCCUUCUGUCUGACCUUUACGAUGAUGACGAAGGCUGUGGUCAAGCCUUUGCCACCUUCUCUUUCAUGAUCAGCAUAGGUGGAUGCAUAGGGUAUCUGCUUACCUCUGUCAACUGGAACUACACAUUUAUGUCUCUUUACCUGGGUGGACAAUACGAGUGCCUUUUUUCAGUGCUAACUUUUAUAUUUAUAGUAAGUGUCCUUGUCACUAUGAAAGCUUCCGAAGAGUCAGUCUGUAGAACACCACAAGGGUUGGACAAUUCUUCUUUCACAUCAAUAUCCUUUUCAAGGUGCUGUUGUGUGCCAAAAUUAAAGGUCCGCGGCUUGAAAUCCAACCCUUUGUUCUGCUUAUUGAGCUUAUGUUGGAAAAUUACCCCUAAAAUAUAUCACAGCUACUGUCAAAUUCCUAAGAUCAUGAAGCAGCUGUGUGCUGCACAGCUUUGUAGCUGGAUGGCCGUAAUGUCAUUCAUGUUGUUCUAUACAGACUUUGUUGGUGAGGGAUUGUAUAAAGGAAUUCCAAGUGCAGCGCCUGGAACAGAGUCAAGACUUCGGUAUGAUGAAGGUAAUACUAUAUACAACAUUUCAAGCUUUUUUUUUUUUCUCUCUCCUUACUUUUUAAAAUUUGAACAUCAGUUUGUGAAUAUAGAAGUACAUUAAUCAGACCAUAAUAGUCUAAAUAAAUUAACAUACAUUCCAUUUAUUAAAAAAUGUAAAAGGAAAAGAAAAAAAUUAUUUAAAUAUUUACAUAGAGAAAACACAAAAUAUUUACAUAACAGCAUGAGAAAACCAUAUGCUUUAAAUGAAAAUAGGUCGUUAUGGAAGUUGUCAGCAGAAAUGUGUGACAAUAUAAAAAGAGGAAAAUAAACUUUAAUUUAGUUUUUUUUAGCCAAAUAUGGAUAACCAAAAUUUUAGAUUGUGGAUACUUCAUGCUUAACGGGACAUGUAUCACUUUGAGACAACUGUGUUAAUUAAUAGAUUUAACUUUAAAUGAGAAAGUUGUCUCAUUCUGUAGGCAGAAUAUUCCACGCCCACACCCAGGGUGGGCAGUGAUCUAACCAAUCAAAGUCCUAUCCUUGGGAAUGGUGAAAAGUUGAAUAGCAUGUGUGUGACUUAGUCACACAUGUCCAAUUGAAACAUUUUGUGAUGUCACUGAUGAUACCCUAGGACACAUGCCAAACAUGGAUGCACAUUCACAGACAUCCCUUCUGCUGUCUUGCAGGGUGCACAAAAUGCCUCCAAUUAAGUCUGCCAGUUCUCUGGGAAUCCUGUAGAUACCUAUACACACCGCAACAGGGGAUGGUAAGAGUAGCUUUGAGAGGGAUGGGUAGAGUUACCUAGAACACAGUCUAUCUCAUAAAGACUGUAAGCAUAUAACAGGUUUGUACUGCUUCUUUAAUAGUAACACAUAAACUGGAAAAUUGUGUAUCAUAGGUACCUGAAAAAUAAUAAAUGGUGCAGCCGCUUCAAGGGAUAUAGGUGACUGAUAAAAAUAAAGCAACAAGGUGGAAGAAUAUCUCAAUAAAUACAGCUUGUGAAUCUGUGUGUCUGCAUCUGUGAGUUUGUGAAUUUCCGUGUGCGAGUGUAAAUCUGAGUGUGCGACUCUUUGAAUCUGAGUGUGCAUGAAAUGUAAAUUAAUAAACGUUAGAAGAUUAAGCUUAUGAUUAGCACGGAUGGUAAAAUUCACUAUCGAGAUAAAAUAGAACUGCCUGUUUGAGGCAAACUUUGAGGUGCCCCAAAUAUAUAAAAAGCCACAUGAAUGCAGAAUAUAUUGAGACACACACAUCAUACACAGCCAGCACAUCACACAAUAAGCACAGCCAAAACACCACACAGCCAAUGCACACUGGACUAGACACACCAUGACAAAGGGAGAGACUAUGCGAGUGCUGAGGGUGAGACACUCAGUGUAAUUCACAAAACUCACAAUUGUCUAGCUUAGGGAUGUAACAAGAUUAAUUUCUAAAAGUGCCAAUUUCAAUUUCUAUUGAAAUCUGCACUUUUUGUAAUUUUUUUGAAAAGGACACACUUCACACAAAAAGCAUUUCAGCAAGCUGAAGUACUUUAAGGGACAUAUCUCUUUAAACCACAAAAUGUAUCCUACAUGUUUUAAAUUUAGAAUCCGUGUACAAAUAAGAAUGUGUUACAUGGCAGUUAUGUACUACAAAGUGUUACUUCAAAUAUUUUAAUGUGAUCUGAUUUUAAGAUAAAUAUAGUAUAUGUAUCAGCACUUUGUAUCCACUUAAUAGCAAUUCAGAUUAUGUUACUGGGUAAAUGUGUACUUAUACUGCUGUUUCAUUGUGAAAGAUUCAAUUGCCUGUAGGCCAAAAUAGACACGUGGGUUUGUCAAAACUUUUUUUAUUUUAAUCAAAAGGUUACAACUGUGUGGCAGAUCAACAUUUUGUUGGAAAAUAUGUAUAAGAAAAAAGUUAUUUGUCCUUUUUUUUUCUUAAUUUCUUUAUUGGUUAAAUGGCAGCUCUGAAAAUGCAUAUAUUUAACAUUGUGGUUAGGGACAAAAGCCGUAUAAAAUUAGUAAGGUUAGGGCCAAAUGAGUAAAAGCAAGUCAGUUGAUGUAUGUGCCAAAAACUGACGAUUGGGUUGGCCUAACUAAACGUGGGCACACCUAUUGAAGGAAUAACGAAGGGUGUGAUACGUGGGGCUCCAACCUGACCGAACACCAAGAUGUAGGAUGAUAAAGGCCAGAAAACACCUCCCACAACUCCAGGCAUAAAGCAUUCACAUUUAUGGAAACUAUAUAGUGUAUAAGAAAUAGAUGGUGAGGUGUAUGCUAUUAUGCUUGUAUUUAUUGCUAGGGGUGGGCCUUAGAUGCUGAAGUUCCAGAUGUUUGCUUAUAAAUCUCCGGGUCCUUUCAGGGUUGGGACAAGGGAGUAAUUAACAGCCUCCCCCAAUAUAUUGUAAACAACACUUUUAGCUGCCCUCUUAAGAACAGUUAAAUUGUUAUCCUAAUGCAUUUUUUUUUUAUUUUGAUUGCCUUACCUUGGGACUUUGUUAUCCAGUAUUAUUUUGCUUUGUGUCCCAUGUCACAAAGCGGAAGUCUAUGCUUCUAAAAGAGAAGCGUUGGAUUCAAUCCUUUACUCUGGCAAGCACUACAGGUGCAAUUUGGCAAUUUCUGUGAAUUCACCCUGUGUUACAGUGUUUCUUUAUGAGUAGCAUGGAUUGACCAGGAGAUUAUUCAUGCUGAUAAUCUCCUGGCAAACAAACAGAGCUGUGGCAAGAGACCUUCUCUCCACUGAAUUACGGGUAAGUAACCCUUUAUUUAAAAGAAAGGGAGGGCAAGGGGGACCUAGGACAUUCACGAUCACUUCAGUGUAUAUUCUUAUGGCAGUUCAGGAGUUAACUACAAAUGAAUCUACAGGCUGCACAAUAGUUUAAAACGUAUAUCAUGACAUAAUUUGAUAAAAAUAUAGCUCUGGAACAUUUCAGUUUUAUAUUUAAAGUAAACACUAGGAUUGGGGGUUACUGGGGGCUGUAAGGAAUCCUAGAUAAAGCUUACAUAUGUUAAAAGAUAUUCUGGCAUAUCUUUUAAUCUACAGAAACCGCAGUGGAAAUUAAAGACGGCUGUCUCUCUAUAAAUGUUCCAGUUAGAGACAUUUUACUAGCUGCUAUCAGCUUUUAGAUUCAUCAUACAUUUUUCACAUAGUUAAACUGGCACAAUCAAAAAUAGAACACUAGUGCCUAUUCUCGGUCUCAAUUAAUUUCUGCAUUAGACAUUUUCAGGAAUUUAAGCUCUAAAAAAUGUUUUACAAUUUUAGGGAUUUUAUUUGCUAAAAAGUUAUUUGUGGUAAGAUUACAACAGGGUUUGCAAAAUCUAGGGUAACCUAGACCAAUGGGAAAGCGGGCAGAGUUGAAGAAUAUGUGCCUUGCUAUCUAGGCCUAAUUUUUGAAACUCACCACAGCUCACUGCUUAGGGAAUGAUACUGCUAACAAAAUGUAACAAUUAUUUGGUUCUGCAAAAUAUUGCAGAAAAGAAAAUUUAUAUACAUGAAUUUGUAUGCUGUGCCGGUACACCCACUAACUUGCUGAAUGGCAUUCCCAUAGUAUCACCAUGAAAACCAUAAAUGAAAUGCAGCAUUUUGCAGUUUCUCUUAAACAUUUUCUAAGACAAAGUUUUCAACCAUUUAUUUACAUUUAUUAUGUUCCAAUGUAAUACCAUUUACUACUGAAAUGUAACUUUUUUGCUGAAGUUUUCCUAAUACCCAUAGAUUAAAUUUACUCUGGCUUUAGACAGUUUUUUUAUGUUAAAGUUUUUAUUUCAGAUUCACUGAAAGAAGAUUAGACUAACAGAUUAUACUUUAGGCUAUCAGAAAUUAGUGAAUUUGUUAAAAGGAUGCUGAAUCUAAUCGUUUUUGCAUGUUUUGUAGUGGCUUCCUUAAAGGAACACUGUAGGGUCAGGAACACAAACAUGUAUUCCUGACCCUAUAGUGUUAAAAACACUAUCUAGCCACCUAUGCUCCUAAAUACAGUAAAAUCUUACCUUUUAUUUCCAGUCUGCUGGUGCUGGCUUUGCCCCUGAUCUGCCUCCUUUCCUGACAUCAUCAAAAGUCAAUGGAUUGACUGAGAAUAUCAAUUCUAAUUAUCUCAACUAAAGAGGCCGGUCGAGGCAGAGCCAAAUGCCACCCUGGCCAAUUAGCAUCUCCUCAUAGAGCUGCAUUGAAUCAAUUCAUCUCAAUGAGGAAAGUUCAAUGUCUUCAUGCAGAGGUUGGAGACACUAAAUGUAAGUGCUGCACACUGUUGAGCACUGCCACAGGAAGCUCCUCCAGUAGCCAUAUGAGGAGUCGCCACUGGAGGAGUCCCUAGGCUGUAAUGUAAGCACUGCCUUUUCUCUGAAAAGACAAUGUUUACUGCAGGGGCUGGCUAUACUCACCAGAACAACUACAUUAUGCUGUAAUUGUUCUAGUGACUAUAGUGUCCUUUUAAACUAGUACUUUGGGUUGUUUGUGAUGUGGACUUUUUAUUUUAUUCUAUUUCAAAGGGAAAACAGGAUUUAAUGUUAAAAGGUGAUUUUUGUAAUGGAUAAUCUUAAAUUAUUAAUUAGUUUUUUCAGAUAGGAAAUAGAGGCCACACGAUGCUUUGAGAAUAUUGUGAACUAAUGAACAAAAAUAAAAGUGCAUUUAAAGUUUCUUAUAUGCUCUGUAUGAAGAGGCACUGCACCUCUGGGUUAAUUUUACCACAUGACAAGAGGCUUCAUAUUUUUUAUAACAUUCUUUACUGAAUGCAAUUAGCAGCACAAAAAAAUAAAACAUAUAAAGAAACCAAAGGACCAAUUAAAAACCGACAGUAUGUAUAUGAGGUGAAUUGGACUUAAUCACCUCUUCUUUCAUUGUUGCUCAAUCCAAAGGACAGGUCAGAGUUUUUGCUUCUCUGUACAUUGUGUAAAUAGUGGUGUUUUAUUUGAAUUGUUUAUCUGAAUUGUUGUUAUGACAUCCCUUCCCUCACCUGUCAACUCUGUGCUAACUGCUGUAUGUGAUCUUUAUUCCUAAUGUGGCCACUCUAUCUCCCUUAAUUUUAUGAACUUUUGGGUUAAAUUGUUGGUCCCUCUGGGACUGUGUUUAUUGCUUUGCGAAGUUAUCGUGGUAUCCCAUCCCUUGGUGAGACACAGUAUUAUUGCCAUUAAUACAGUUGUUGCUGUGCCUAUUGCUGCUUGGUUAAAGUGAAACUGUCAUGGUUUACCUGGCCCUCCUCUCCCCUGCCGCUAUCUCAUUAAAUCUUUUGUAACUCCCAUCUACACCCACGCUUCUCCUCUGUUCUUUGCCUACUUGCAAACCUCCUCCAUGACACCCACACCCUGUUUUCCGAGUAAGUGUACCAGCGUAUGAAUGGCGUCAUAUCACGUCAAUCCAGAUGUCUGGAAUUUACAGAUCGUCAAAGGCUCCAUGAUAUAGUUUACUACUGAUCCUCUGCAAGGGUUUCCACCUCGCUCCAUCCAAUUCUCGGCGAGCAAUGCCCACCUCAUAGACAUGGAGGUCCGAGAGUUGCAACUAAUAGAGCUAUUCAGCCCGUCACAGAUUGUGGAAGUUUCUUUAGUAAUAUUUUCUUGGUCAGGAAAAAAAACAUAGACUUUGGACCUGUGAUAAAUCUGAGGGAUCUCAAUGCUAACAUGGUUUACUGCUACUUCAAGAUAAAGGGUAUACAUCUUUUGAGGUACCUCGUCCUGGAAGGCGAUUGGUUUAUGCGUAUAUGUCAGCUCCUGUCCAACCAGCCAAACAAUGUCCAUCCAGCCAACCAAUGUUAUCUGCAGUUUUGCUGAUGGGGAAUUCACCUGCCUUCCCUUCAGCCUCAGCUUGUCUCUGUGGUGCUUUACCCAACUUCUGAAGCCAGUGGUCGUGCAUCUAUAGGCACAGGGGAUUCGCUGUAUUAUCUACUUGGAUGACAUUCUGCUCUUUUGUUCUGAGGCAUUAAGACUACAAUGGCAGACUCAUUUUAUUGUGAAUUUUCUCGAAUCUCUUGGAUUCAAUCUGAACUGCUCCACUCUGGAUACUUCUAUUCUCAAUGAGAGACCCUUCAUGUUGGAUCUGUUUGCUUCCCAGAGCAAUCAUCAGACUUCUUUGGUUGACUGCCCAACUCGAAAUGCAGAGAAGUGGAUGCUUUCCUCCAGACUUGGACAACUCAAAGGGCAUAUGCAUUUCUGCCCUUCACAGUGGUUGCAAGGGUCAUUCACCAUAUUCCCAGACAGCAAGUUACCAGCCACUAUUCCCGGAUGCCCUUGAAUUGUCAUGCGAGCACCUACUCCUUCUGCCACAUUACCCAAUGCUUCUCAUGGAUCUGUGAGAUAUCCCUUACCUUAUGCUUCUUGAAGAGUCUUCUUCAGUUUGGUGGCUUGGACUCUUUCAUGUUGAUGAGCUAUCACAGGUGGCUAAGGACCUCUUAUGGGACUCAUGGUCGCCUGGAACCCAUACUUCCUUCUGUUACUUGUCCUCCUGGGGUUCCUAGUUUGGUUGGUGUGUGGGAAGGUAUAGAUAACAGCCUCUGUCUCUACCGUUCUAAAUCUUUUGUCAACACUCUUUUCCUCUGGAUAUUCUGGAUAUUCUUACCACUCCUUCAAUGUAAUGUGAUCUGCAUCUAGGGUGUUCAGGUCCCAAUUUUAGGUAUCCUUGUAUGCAAGGAUCCUUUCAUCUGCCUUUUGAUGUGGAGCAUACGUCCCAUGGGUGCCAGGUAAAUUCACUGAUGGGAUGUUUCUAUUAUUUUGUGUUUUUUUUCAUGAUUGGCCGGGUAAUGAGAAUCUUUCUUUAUGCCAGGAAUGUCUAGUGUAAUUCCGUCAGAUGUUUGCGCCUUCGAUGUAGAUAUGUUUUCUUUUGAACCUAUUGUAUUUCAUGGUGCAUAAAGUUUGAUUCCGCUGCGGUUUUUUUUGUUUUGUUUUUUUUACAUGUUUUUUUAGUUCAGAUCCGCAGUACUGCUUGGUUUCAGCCUUGGUCCCUUAUAUCAAGGUUACAACACUCUUGCAAUCUUCUCCUUCGAUCCAACUGUUGUCUCCUACAUAUGCACGCAAUUACUUAUCUUGCCAGAUGGUUAAGAUGGCAGUUCAUUCAGCUGAUUGGUUCUCCCUAUGUUUUUUUGCAUUAAGAAAGUCCACUUCUCCUAUAUACAUACUUUUUUUGAUUGUUUCAGUUGUUUUUAUGUCUACACUAAAGCUAGAAUAAUCUUCAAUUAUGUCCCGGCAAUAAAGCUGUAUAGCUUCUCUUAUGAAGGAGUUUCAUGCUACCCAGCAUUUCAAAUAGCCAAAGAUGGACACUUUUUGUAGUAAUUAUUCAUGGUGCGGUAACAGGGCAGCAAACAAACAAGACUGUUAGACAACAUAAUGAGCUUUUAUAACUCACCAUGUAGUGCAUAAACCACUUAGAACAAGAACACCAUACUUAAUUAUACAUACUAAUUUAUAAACACAUUUACUUCAUAUUAGGAUGGAAGUAGAAUACCUUACCAUAUAGAACUCACUAUAGAACUAUACAAACCAGUAAUUUACAGACUUAUUUACUAAAGUGAGAAUUCAAAGUGAGUGUCAAAUUUAAGCCAGAGUAGCUGAACUGAAAACGUAGCUGACUUAGAGAGAUUUCUGGUUUGGCUUUUUUGACCUUAAAUGGACACUCCACUGCCCAAAUACAAAAUAAAUAAAAAUAAUUGUUUAGUAGAUAUACCUCAAAUGCACACAUGCAUGCAUUUAAUUAUACAUUUUUUUUUCAUUGGGGAUAUAUCUAAAAACAGCUUGCAAAACCUGCAGUUCCGCUGUUUUUGCAUAUCUCCCCUUCUAACCCAGCCCAGACUUCUGUGGCUGUCCAAUCACAGAUUUCCCAAUGCUGCUCAAUGAGACAUCUUUGCAAGGGAGAUGCACUGAACAAUUGCUGCCACUUGAGUUUAGCUUCACUGACACAUAUUAGGACACACUAUAGACACAUAAAGCAUUUCAGCAGCCUAAAGUGCUUUAGAUGUCGGAAGUGUCCCUUUAAAUUCAUUUUGAAUUCUCACUUUAGUGAGCAGACUAGAUGGGCCGAAUGGUUCUUAUCUGCCGUCACAUUCUAUGUUUCUAUGUUUCUAGUCGAUAAUUCUAUUCGAGUUUCUAGAAAAGAAGACAUCAAAGUAGGAUAAAACUUGUGAAUAUAGAAUUCACAGAGCCCUCCAAACCUUAUAUUUGGUGGGCUUUGUGGAAGUUCAGUUAUAGUUUUGUAUAUAAAAUGUGAUUUUUAUUUAUUUUUUAUUUAUUUUAUUUUUUUGCUGUCUGGGACUACUUGCAUGUGAGACAGACAACUGCACAGCCAAAUUGAGACACUAUCACUUUAUAUAAAUUAUAACUAGUACUUUUCUACCCACCCAGUUUUCAGUAUGACAAUAUUUAUACUCCUAAACCUAAAAUCUGCUGUCCAUCUUCCCACAGGAAUCCGGAUGGGGAGUCUGGGACUAUUUCUUCAAUGCGCCACUUCAACCUUUUUUUCCGUGAUUAUGAACAAGCUUUGCAAGUAUUUUGGAUCAAGAAAAAUCUAUCUUGCCAGCAUGGUCACUUUUACAUUUUCUGCCCUGGUCAUCUGUUUUUCGCAGAAUAUUGCAGUAGUUACUUUCAUGUCAUCCUUGACUGGGUUUGCGUAUGCUACACUACAGACUCUUCCAUACACCUUCAUCUGCUUAUACCACAAAGAAAAAGAUGUACGUAUUGUAAUUUUAAUGUUUUUGGUUCUUGUUUUUGUGAAGUAUAUUUUGUUUUAAAAAUAUUGAUCAGUUCUAACCAACUUAUAGCUCGCUGGCAAAAAUAAAUAAUUAAAUGGUGGCUUAUCAAUUAAGGGCUCUUCUGUCAGCCUGAGCAUUUCUAUACAUCUGUUAUCAUGGAGAACCUUCACUGCACUGUGACAAAGGGAGUGAAUCAUUUUUACUUUUAGUUUCUAUCUAUUUAGAUGAAUCAGAUAAUAAUAUUUUUAUGACUAAUUUAUUAUGGUUGACAUUGAUAGAUACAUUUAUGGGGGGUUUCCAAAUUUUCAGGUUUCAUUUGAUCACCUCAUUAAGUAGGUAGGGAUUUAUUUAUUUUUUACGGAUGGGUGCAUAUUGUUUGGGUUGGUUGCUGGCUAGGGUCUUGAAGACCACAAAACACCUGGUGUUAACUUUUAGGACAAGCAGAGAGAAAUCAUUGGUACUCUAUCAGAGGGUACUUUUAAUUAGUUGGGCCAUGUGGAUUGAGCACCUUGUCUGGUCCAGUUAUCACUGGGAUAAGGGGCUUAUGGACUCAGUAAUAUUAUCACCUUCCACCAAAAUCAUAUUGGUUGUGGAAGGGGUAGGGUCAUUUACCCAGUUUUUCAUUCCCUCCACUACAAGUUACAUGGUUUGGAGGAAAAGGGAGCAUUCACUAGGCCUGCUUAAUUAAUCUUUAAUUCCCCUGCUCUUUGUGCAAUGGGUGGGAUUGAGAGACUACUUGGCUGCUCCUGCAUGUGAGAUAAUGCUCAUACACCCUCUGUCUCUACUAUUGCUCCACAGGGCACAGAUCUUCUCUAUUCCGCUAGACUAAGAGGAGUGUAAUUUCAAAGGGGUUGGUCUAAUUUGGAGUCAGCUAAAUCAUUGCUAUACACUUUCCCACCAAAGUGAGAAUUGCUUUGAAUUCCAAGUGAAUAUCAAAUUUAAGGACAAAACAGGCAAACUGAAAAAAUAAUUGACUUAGAAAUGUUUUCUUAUUUAGAAAUAAAUAUUGAAAUGCACUUUGAAUUCCUGGCAUUUCACACUUUAGUAAAUAACCCUGUAAGUGUUAUAUUCAUGAAAUAAGACACAUCAGUAAAUUCCUCAGUAACCUUUUUUCCUAAAAAUAAGCAAUAUAUUGUGACGUGUCCAUUUCCACUUGAUCCAUGUUUAUUAUGUCCCUAAAUCCUGUUUUACUAACUACACAAACAUGUAUCUCUAUAGCCAUGUAACCCUUUCUCUUGGUAAAUAAUGUGAAAAUGCAGCCUUUUCAUGUGUCUCCUGUUUAUUUCUAUAUUUUUGUUGUGGGGUGUACAACGAUAUACUUUAAGAUAUAUUUAAAUCUUUACAAUAAAUGUUGUUGUCUUUUUUCACUAGAUGUUUAUACCAAGACCAGUGGAAUUUAAGUCUCCAAAUGGAAAUACUCUCACCAAAGAAGCAGUAUAUUUUGCACCUGAUAUACCAAAUGGCCACAAAGAUGGUACUGUGAAGCAAAGCAGAGGGAUUCCGAGCAAGGAAAGUGUUGUGUACAGCGAAAUUCCUCCUGAUCACCAAUACUACUCCAAAAAUAUCUUUAGUCCCGAGAAUGAAAAGAAUGAGACUUGCAAAGAUCAUUAUACCAAACGUGGCAUUGGACUAGACUUUGCAAUCUUAGACAGCACCUUACUUCUCUCACAAGUAAUUCCUUCUCUAUUCAUGGGUAUGACUGUACAGUUAAUGGAAAGCGUUACAGUGUAUAUAGCAUCAUCUGUUAUUUUUGGUAUUUUUGCCAUUUUCCUGGCAAACAGAAUAACAUUUGACCAAAAAGACUCCUGGAGCUAAGAUUCUCAAGCCUCACACUUUCUUUACAUAUUUAAGCAACAAGUGAGCUAUUUGCACCCUUGUUUACAGAGUUCUAUGUUUACACUUACAAAAGAAGUUCUAAUUUUUGUAAUUUGUGUUGAAGAUUUUUAGAGCAGGCUAAAUGAUUAUGCGGAAGCUCAUGUCGGCUGGGACUGUGCACAACAACACUAUGACAAUUCAUAUUGUGUGAGUUUUUGUGCAUUGUGCUAAACUGAUCACCAGACAGGCUAUUCAGUAUUUUGACUGCUUCUCACAUCUAACAGAAUAACUCAAAUUCCCUAAGGACUACGGGCACCAUAUAAAACUAGAGAGAUGAUUCUGACCACUGAAUCACAGCAACUUGCCAGUUUUAUAGAAUAUAACAAAUAAACAAAAAAAAACUCAGAUUAUUUUUACAAUUACAUUAUGUAUAAAGAUAUAAAUAUAUUUUUUUAUUUGUACUCUUGUUUUAUGAAAACAUAUUAUGCUAAUAUAGUACAUUUUUGGUUGCGGACGUGCUAUCCAAAGGCUAUACAUGAUCUUGGCAUAGAUUGCCAAAGACUGUUCGUCAAUAUAAUGUAAAAAUUGGCAUGUCUUAAAAGGUAAGUACAAAUGCUUAACAUUUGCAGCACACACAGAUAGAUAGUAACUAAGCUAUUAUUACCUAUAUAAAAUGUAUGUAAUAAUUUGUUUAUAUUGUUACCUAGAAAUCGGUAGAGAAUGUGUUGUAAAUUCUAACUAAUCACACUACUAUGAAAACUUAAUUCUUGUAGAUGUAUUCUUUUGGAUGAAAAAUCUCAAUAAUAGCUUUAUUAUUUAUCUUGAGAUCAUUAAACUGCACAGUUAUUUUAAUUCUUCAUAUAGCUAUUUAUAUCCACAUGCAUAUUGUAUUAAAUAUGCAAUAUUUUUAGAAAUGUGCAUACUGUGUAAAUUUAAUCUUUGAAUAUUUUGGCAUAUUAUCUAUCACAUAUGGUAGACCUUGUGUAACUAAAUAAAUAAGCUGCUAGAUAUGUAUGUAUUUAUAAUAUGUAAGAACCAACGGUACAUGUGUUAUUGGAUGCAAUCUCAUUAUGUCUUCUCGUAUAUGUUGCUGAGGGGAAGUUUAGGGGGCUGUUUAGCCCUGGAUCUCAGUUGGUGGAGAGGGCAGGGGGAUAAGUGUGGUGGUGUGUUUUUGUUGUUGUUGUUUUUUUUGUUCUUUUUUUAAAUCAAACAUUUUUUUUUUUUAUAGCAGCCACAUAUUUUUAAAAAUAAACCUCAGUAGUAAAGUUCCUUUCCAGAGUACUUAAGGUCAGGAGUGGUGCUGGAGAACAGAACUUUGCUGUACACAGUUAGGUAGCAUAGCAGGAUCGCAUUGAUUGCCUGGAUGUGCAGCAUGUGCUGGUUUGCGGCUAUACUUUCAUUGAGAUACAGCACUCAGCUGCACUCUGUUCGUUGCUAGAGAGGAAUCGAUACGUCAUGGCAUAUCCCCACCAUUCCGUUAGUGUAGGGGUCAUCAUGUUUUACUGUAGAUUGAAGACCUGAUUGUUUCUAGAACCUAGUAACAAGUCUGGGUCUUACUGUAGAUCUAGCUGAAUACUGGUUGAAACAGGGAAAUUCCACUGAAUUGCCAUUAUUGUCAUAACAAAAUAAGGUUAUUAAAAUAAAU